AUGGCUCCCUCGGCGGCGCCCAGCCGCAACACACUGAACCAGCGCGCCGCUCGUGCGCGUCGAAAAACCUACGUCGGCGAACUCGAGCGGCGGCUUCGCGACUACGAGGCCCACGGCGUCCGAGCCACAGAGCAGGUUCAAACCGCGGCGCGGCUGGUAGCCGAGCAGAACCACGCGUUGAGAGACGAGGUGCGCGCCCUCAGGGAGAGGUGUGCCGCGCUGGAAGGGCUACUGGCCGCAAUGUCAACGUCAACGCCAACACCAACACCAUACCCAUCCACAGACGGUGUGCCACGGCCGAGGAAGCCUGCGCUGCAAGUCUCGCGGAAGGGGUACCCGUCUCCGUCGCCGACUCAAGACCAGCAUGGACCAUCACCGACUCAAAACCAGCAUGGACCAUCAUCGACGUCGAUACCGUCACCGAUGUACUCGCAUCCUGGUCUGCCAUCGUCCAUUGGUGCUGGCGCUGACGCCGGAGCUGAAGCUGAAACUGACGAGAUGGAAACCGACGAGGAGGAGGGGGUUGAUUGCUCCGACGGCCCCUGCACUUCCCACCACCAUGACCGUGACGACCAUGGCCAUUACCAUUACCGCCAUGAGGACGACGACAACGACAACACCCACGACCACAAUCACCCUAACGCCGACCCCGGAACUGACCUCUUCCCUCCCCUCACGCUCGACCUAAACCACCCCAACAGCACGUCGUGCGCACAAGCGGCCUUGAUCAUCGCCAGCAUGCGCGGCCUCGGCGCUACCGACGCAGAUCUCAGGGCCAUCGAGGCCAUUGAAGCCGACAUCCUGCCGGAACUAGGGUGUGUGGGUGUCGUUGAGCCGUGGCCAGUCGACACCGAAGGGGUGGACACGAGCAAUCGCAACCAUAACCACAAUCGCAAACACAAUCACAACCACAAUCACAAUCUUGAUCCGAAUCCAAAUCCAAAUCGGAACCCUCAUCAUACCACCAAUUUCAACCCUCACGUCACGCAUAUAGCAGCAAAACACCCCCCAGCAGUUUCCGGCUUGAAAUGGGCUUCGAAACCCCCCUCCUCUCUUUUCACUGCCUCCAAGUCUACCAUUACCGCUACCUCUACCUCUAACACUGCCUCCACCGCUACCUCUACCUCUACCGCUACCGCCGCCGCCCGACAGGGCUGUAAAUACCAACAAGCGCGGCUGUGCGCGAUAGACAAUACUCGUCUCUUUGGGAUCCUGGACCGCGAAGCAGCGGCGUCGGAAAGCUGA